CAUAACUUUUCAGUCCAACAUCUUUUCAUUUUUUCAUGCGUUCUCUGAGUCAUGGAAGCUCCAAGCCCUAACAAGCGACUUCGCCGAGACCCUCCUUGUCUACCUUCUUCAUCCUCCUCAGCCCCAAGCUCUCUUCCUACUGUUCCCGAUCUCAACCAGAACCACGUCGAUCUGCUCAUCUCCUCCUUCCUCUCCUUACCGGACUUGCCUUCGCUAUCAAUUAGCAACUCGUUCGAUCGAGCGAUUAAGAAGCUAUUGGAAUCUUCUGCUGAUGAAUCCGUUAAAGAUCGUAUCAACGAUCGUGGUCUCAGACUCGCCUCGCUUCUGCAUGAGUCCACGAAAAGGUGCGCUCGGAAGCUCGCUGCUAGUCACAAUUCCAAUUCCUGGAGUCUCCCUCAUGAACUCACCGUCAAGGUCUUUUCUAUGCUUGAUACAAAAUCUCUGAUGCGAGCUUCAGCUUGUUGCAUCAUGUUCAAAAAAUGUGCCAUGGACCCUUCAUGUUACUCCCACAUUGACUUGCCUGGAAAUGCUGGAAAUAGAGUCGUGCGUAGUAUGAUCCUUAAUGCCGGAAAGGAACUCAGAUCCCUUAAAGUUGGUUGUCCUGGUGAUUCUUCAAAAUCUAUACGUUCAGGCUCGUGUCUUGCCCCAUUGUCCUAUAAUCAUGGGUUUCUUGGUAAACUCUUGAGAAGCCUACACCUUUACGACAACAGAUGGUUGGACAGAAAUUUCUUACUCCGUGCCUUGUCUGUCUGUUCAAAUCUAACCGAUCUGAAGAUUGUUGGAUUGUGUUCUAAUUCAGCUGAAAAAAUAUUGGACUUGCUUACAAGCAAAUGUGAGCAUCUGUUCUUAGAGCAACAUAUCAGAUAUGGUACGUCGAGCUUUAACUCUGGUGCGCCAUUCGAGAGAAACUGUCCCAAUUUAACUUCACUAUCACUUAUAGGUUUCGACCUAGGUGACGGUAACAUAUACCAUCUUGUUAAGGGUUUGGCUAAACUCAAGUAUCUGAACAUAUCCAAAACAUUAAGUAUCAAUGGUGGCUUUUUGAGGCUUUUCAGUUCUGAGUUGAGAGGCUCUCUGCUCGAGACUCUAAUAUUGCGAGAUUGCAAUUCUCUACAGGAGAGUAAGGUUUGCGAGUUUUUGGAUUCGUUACUGAUGUCCAAAACAUACUUCAGAUGCAUUCGACACAUUGACGUUUCAAAUGACCAUUGUUUGGUUAAUAACGGCAGGAGAUGUAGCAAACCGAAGUUUCCCCUAGAAGAGCUGAGAGAAGAAAGACCAGGUCUCACAUUUGUGGCAUAUUUUAGGUUACCAUCACCUUCUUCAUCUUCUUCGUUAGCUUCUUCAUCUUCUUCGUUAGCUUCUUCAUCAUCUUCGUCUUCAUCUUCUUCUUCAUCAUCAUCAAGUGAAAGUGAGGACGACUAAUGGCAAUGGGAUACUGUUGACUUGUGAGUCGUGUGAUAAUGGUUUCUUCACUUCUCUUUUUUUUUUUUUCCUUUUGGAAGAAGAUAAUAGUAGGCAUAGUAUGUUUCUGCUCUUUUAUUUUGGAUCAUGUACUGAAGGACAUGCAUUCUAGUUUUUGAAUGAACCCACUGAAAAAAGGAUUCAAUGGACUUCGAAACUUAAGAAUCUAACUUUAUAUCAAAACAACAUUUUUACAACUAAAUUUGAAUAAAC